UAAUAAAAAAGAAAGGAAAACCCUCUAAACUCUCUCCCUCCUCCUACUUCUCUUGAAUCUCUUCAAUCAUUUUGCUCUCUUCACUAACACCCACCCAAUCAAUUGUUUCUCUCAGACCGUCCUUCUUCUUCUUCUUUUUUAUUUUUAUUUUUAUUUGUAAAAUCGACUUCAUUAAAUAUACAAUUUUUUUUGUGUGUAACGAAAUGAGCUUGAAACAUUUUUUUUUUGUUUGAGUUGUUAUUGGUUUCAAGUUGGAGUUUUAUCAUUCAAUCUUAACUCUUAUUUGUAUUACAUAAUUCUUUAUUUUUCUUAAAAAAAGAGAGGAAACUUUGGUGUAAAAAUAAUCAAAGUUUAUGCAUAUUGGUAAGGCUAACUUGGAUCAAAAUCUGGUUUUUUGUUAUGACACAUAGACAGAGAAUAGCUUAAGAGAUUUUUUUUUCUUUUUCUUUGCGUUAUGUUUCCAUCAACAAUGGGAGAAACAAAUGAGAACAUAAGAAUUAACAGCAGCAAAGAUAGGAACAAUCUUUCUUUGCAGAUGGAGAAAUACCCAAGGGACCUGUUACAAAGAUUCAUGUCAACUGAAACCCAAGCUUCAAUAACAAGUGAAAGAGAAGAAGAUGAAGCAGAAGAAGAAGUAGAGCUGAAUCUUGGGUUAUCAUUAGGAGGCAGAUUUGGGGUUGAUAAGAAUGCAAAGAAGUUGAUAAGGUCAUCAUCCAUUGCUAGUUCAAUGCCAACAUUUAGAGAAGAAGGUGCCAACAAUACUCCACCAACGAUUCCUUACCCAACACUGAUUAGAACCUCUUCUUUGCCCACCGAGACUGAAGAAGAGUGGAGGAAGAGAAAAAAAUUGCAAAGUCUAAGAAGAAUGGAAGCCAAGAGGAGAAGAAGUGAGAAGCAAAGGAGUUCGAGAGAGAAAAUGGAGGUGAAUUUGUUAGAGGAAGACAAGCAACCUGGAAGAGCCAAUAAUGUUGGGGUUGGACCACCAUUUGGAUUGCAGAGUCGGGCUGCAUCUGCAAGGCAGAUCACUUCACAAGGCUCUAUAGGAUCACUAGGAAGAAGCUCUUCUAGUAUGUCAGAAAUGGAAAAUAAAGCUCUUCAAGUCCCAUGCAUUGCAGGAGCAGGCAGUUGUGGUGAAGCGAGAAGCUCCGGUAGCACCCAGUCCUUGCAAGAUCAAGGUAGUCAAGAGGCUGCAUGUUCUUCAGGGAAAAAAAAAAGUGAAACCUGCUAUACUCCGGAACUUGAGGCCGAAACACUGAGUAAAACGGUUGAAAAUAAAGGGAAAGAACGAGGGAAUGCGAUGGAAGACAUGCCUUGCGUAUUCACCAAGGGAGAUGGUCCAAAUGGGAAAAGAAUAGAAGGCAUUCUAUAUAAGUAUGGUAAGGGAGAGGAAGUGAGGAUAAUGUGUGUGUGCCAUGGAAAUUUUCUAUCUCCAGCUGAGUUUGUUAAGCAUGCAGGUGGUGGUGAUGUCGAUCACCCUCUUAGACAUAUAGUUGUAAAUCCUAACUAUGCUUCAUUUUUCUAAUGGACUUUGAUGUCAUCCCUUCACAAAAUUGCCCAUUGGGAUGUGUUAUAGGGACAAAUUUGAAAGUGACAAUUUUUGGAAAACAUUCAUUUUCUAUUUGGAAUAUGUUAAGAAGUGAAAGUCUAAA